AUGCGCCCUCUCCUUCUCAAAGGUCAUGAAAGGCCGUUAACGCGAGCCAAGUUCAACAGAGAAGGAGAUCUUUUGUUCACAACAGCGAUGGAUAAGUCACCUAGUGUUUGGCGCUCCUCGAACGGCGAACGCAUUGGUACUUACAAAGGCCACAAUGGUGCUGUGCGCGACAUUUCUGUGACAUGGGACACAACUAGGGUCAUAACCGGCUCUGCGGACAACUCUGCAAUUCUUUGGAAUGCGGAGACCGGGGAAAAACUCCAUCAGUGGCACUUCAAGUCACCUGUCCGCUCUGUUGCCUUCAGCCCGGGUGAUGCCUACAUCGCAAUUGCAACUGCGAAACUCAUGGGACAGGCAUCCAACGUAUUUAUAUUUGCCCAUAACAAGAGCUCCAACGAGCAAACUGAGGAGCCGGUCAAGGUUCUAGAAGGGCAUGAAGGUACGAUUACCAGAGUGCUCUGGCACGCUUCGGCAGAAAUCCUCUUGACUGCGUCAGAAGAUAAAACGAUUCGAAAAUGGGAUGUUGAAGCUGGGGAGGAAAUCCAAUGCGUUACAGCUCACAAGAACGAUAUCAAGGAUUGUCAGUUCAGCGCAGACUACGCAAUGGUGAUUACAGCAUCAAAGGAUCACACGGCGAAGUUAUGGAGUUUCCACGACUUUAGUUUGCUUCGUACAUACACCGUAGAUCAUCCGGUUAACUCGGCAGCUGUGUCGCCCAUAUUUUCUCAUAUUUUACUUGGUGGUGGCCAGGAGGCAAGCCAAGUAACUACAACCGGUGAUCGCCAAGGCAAGUUCGAGGGAAAAAUCUUCCAUUUGGUCUAUGAAGAGGAGCUCGGACGCGUCAAGGGUCAUUUCGGGCCUAUCAAUACGGUAGCUUUCUCUCCUGACGGCAAACAGUAUGUGUCAGGAGGAGAGGACGGCUUCGUGAGAUUACAUGAUUUUGAUCCGGAUUACUUCACAAAAGGACAAGAAGGGCUUGUCUAA